AUGAUUUCUAUCGGCUGUGUUUCGUUGAUUAUCAUUGAAACAAGAUCCAUUCUUGAAAAAGAAAGAACAACUAAAAAGUCUAUUGCUAAAAAGUAUGAUGUCCCACCUAACACACUUUCAUACUGGGUUAAGAAUAAAAGUGACAUUUUUACCAAGUAUGAAUCAGGCCAGUAUGGAGUUGAAAGACAAAAGCUUUCUUCCGGAAAAUACGAUAACAUUGAUAAAGCAGUUUACAAGUGGUUCGUUAACGCUCGUGAAAGAACUGUGCCGAUUAGUAGUCAAAUCAUUCGAGAAAAAGCAUUGGAUUUUGCAAAGCAAUUCAACGAACCUGAUUUUAAAGCUUCAGAAGGCUGGCUAGACAGAUGGAAGUACAGACAAAACAUCAUUUACAGAAUUAUUUCUGGAGAGGAAAAGUCUUGUACACCAGGGAUGACAGCAAGCUGGGAAGAAACACACCUGCCAACCAUUUUGUCACGCUAUGAUUUACAAGACAUUUUCAAUGCUGAUGAAUUCGGCUUGUUCUACCAGAUGCUUCCAACAAAUACCUAUCAUGCCAAAGGUGAAAGAUGUGCUGGUGGAAAGUUCAGCAAAGUUCGUUUAACAGGACUUGCAGCAGGAAAUGCCCUAGGUGAAAAUUUGCCCAUGUUCGUUAUCGGAAAAUCGGUUACACCGCGCUGUUUCAAAGGAGUCAGAAGUCUUCCCUGUCAGUACAAAGCUCAAAAGAAGGCCUGGAUGGAUUCUGAAAUCUUUACCGAUUAUGUGAAAAAACUCGAUGUUAAAUUUGAAACUGCGGGUCGAAAGAUUGUCUUGAUAAUUGACAAUUGCCCAGCUCAUCCAGAAGUCACUGGUCUUAAAGCAGUAGAAUUAGUUUUUCUACCACCAAAUACAACGUCUAAGACCCAGCCCAUGGAUCAAGGUGUAAUCCGAGCAUUAAAGGCAUAUUACCGGUCAAAUCUUGUGAAACGUCAAAUAAAGUUCAUUGACGGCGGUAAAGAGGUCCCUAAAAUUAACAUUCUUGAAGGGAUGCAAAUCUUGGUCAAAUCAUGGGACGCUGUUUCAAAAGACACCAUUAAAAACUGCUUUAAGAAGGCAGGCAUCUCAAAAGAAGCACAGAUCACGAGUCUCAAUGAUGCUGAUGACCCAUUUAAAUCUCUUUCUGACAGCAUAAGCGAGUUGAAAAAAAGAGAAGUUGACGGCGACAUCUUUAACGCAGAUGAUUUUGUGGAUAUUGAUUUUGAGGUAUGCACGAGUAAAUCAAUUGAAUUGACUGAUGAGGAAAUCGUGGAAAUCGUACUUAAUGAGGACAAAGAUCAAAACGCGCCGAAUCUUGAAGAUGACGAUGAUGAUGAAAUUGAGGCACAUGACAUCCCCCCGAAGAAGCCAAAGCAGUCAGAGUUGGAAGAGGCCUUAGAAUUGUUGGAAAGAUGGUCUUUGUUUGACGAGAAUGGUCUUGAAAUCAGAAAGCAGUUAAACAUGAUAACACGUACAUGUCAAAAACACUACAUCGAUACAAAACGAAUUGUGACACCUUUCCUAAAUGAAGCUGUUUUGGAUGCCUUGAUUACUGGCGGGUAUCAUGGGGUGACUUGCAACAGUAGGGUAGACGGCAACAUCAAUAGAUUUAGCUUAUCGAGCAAAGAACCCAAGUUGGCUGUGUAA